GAAUGGACUUCUUCCACAAGAGUCUCUCUCUCUACCCGUCCCUCAAACUAGGGUUUAGAAAAGCGUCUCCCAGUUAGGGUUUUCGAUUGAAGUGGCGAGUGCAAUCCAAUCUCAUUAUACUAUCAGUGAGGUUUUUUCUCAAUGCCUGGAAAUUCGUUCAUCGAAUUGUCGGCCGCAAACCCUAGACUUCUCGCAACUGCUUGCAAUUUCGGCGCCGCUUUGCCUGCAGAACUCGCAGUUCGGUUCUUUACCGCGUUCUUUAAAGUUCCCAUGACCUUAAUUUGACUGAGAGCGUUGCAAAUUGUCAUAUCCGGAUGGCACCGAGUCGCAGAAAGGGCGGCGGCAGAGCUUCGGCGGCGGCGGCCGCUGCUCGCAAACAGUGGAAAGUGGGCGAUCUCGUCCUUGCUAAGGUCAAGGGCUUUCCAGCCUGGCCGGCAACGGUAAGCGAGCCGGAGAAGUGGGGAUACACAGCUGAUUGGAAGAAAGUGCUUGUCUACUUCUUUGGAACUCAGCAAAUAGCCUUCUGCAAUCCUGCUGAUGUUGAGGAAUUUACAGAGGAGAAAAAGGAAUCUCUUCUGGUCAAGCGACACGGGCGAGGUUCUGAUUUUGUUCGUGCAGUGAAGGAGAUUAUUGAAAGCUAUGAAAAGUUGAAGAGUGCCGUGAACUCUAUUGAUGAAGUUAACCUGACAGCUUCUGUAAACUCAGUGGGUGAUGUUGAAUUAAAGGAUCAGAUUGAUGCUUCUUUGGAGGUGCUUAAUUCAUCUCUGAAGAAGUCAUCUUCCACUGAAGAAAAGAAUGAACCAAGCCUUCCUCUUGAAGGUGCUCCAGAUACAACACAGGGAGAUAUUUUGUCUGAUAGCAAGAUGUCGCCUGAUGAGCCAGUUGAUAAUUUAGUAGUUACAAGAAAACAACUGCAAAAUACAUUUUCUUUAAAAAAGAGACCUUCAGGUGUACGGCCACAAAGUCCUGCUUCACAGAAAAAGCAGCCAACUGCCCGCCGGUCUAGAAGUUCAUCAAAAGUGGAUGCCAAUAGCUUUCAAACGCCUAUACUGCCAUUAGAUGGCAGUAAAGCUGUUCAAGACUUAUCUGUUAAAGUUUGUCAGGAUGGCCCAGUUCGGAGGAGUAACCGAAUCAGGAAGUCCCCUUUUACUCCUGAGGGGCAUGACAGAGGUUCACCUGCUUUUUUUUCAAAUGGUAGCAUCGAAGAAAAUAAUUCUGAAAUUGUUACAGGUGAUUCAGACUCAAUUAGUCUAACUGAAGGCAGCACUGUAGAGUCUGGUUGUAAACUUCUACAGCCUGAGUCCCAUGUUGGAUGUUGUGAAGGAGAUGAGUUGAGCCAAAUGCUUGAUUUCAAAGCAAAGACAGUUCUCACUAAGAAGAAAAGGAAACCGAAUAGAAAAAGGAUGAUUACAGAUUGUCCUGAGACUACUGGUGGUCUGAACAAUGAGACAGUUUCAGAGAUUGAAGUACAUAAAACUGGACAAAUUUCUCAAGAUUCUCAAGAAAUGUUGAAUGAAAGGCACUCCAGAGACGAUGGUGAUGAGCAUCUACCAUUGGUGAAACGAGCUAGAGUUCGGAUGGGCAGAUCAUCUUCUGCUGGAGAGGAGCUUGAUACCUUAAUACAAUCAGAAAAGAACUUGUUAGAAGUGCCAAAUAGUUUUUCUGUUCAGGUCCCAACUUCCUUGAGUUCUGAAGGUGAUAGCCCUGCUGAUAGAAACUCAUUUGACAUGAAAGGAGUGGCAGAUAAUUCAUCACCGCAAAACAAAUGCCCCCAAUCUUCAGUUGUUAAGCAAUUAUCUCAAACUGAGAAAAAUCAACAAUAUGGUUGUUCAGUGGAUGAUGAAGCUGCACUACCUCCGUCAAAACGUCUUCAUCGUGCCCUGGAAGCUAUGUCUGCUAAUGCUGCUGAAGAUAGUCAAACUGAAGUGCCAUCAACCAUGAAGACAUUAAAUAAUGGAUGUCAUGUUACCUCCACAGGGGAGUCCCCUCAAAAAUCCAUGGAAAAUAGAGAGAGGAAUGGAAUUGGGUUGCAGAAUUUAGAUGCUUCUCAGCACGGUGUUUCUGUUUUCUCUACUAGCUCUGGCCCAGGAGUAAUAAUGGAAAGUGCCAAAUCUUGUGAAGAAACUGCAAAUUGUAAUGAAUCCCUCAGAAGUUCCAGUCCCCAGGAACAAGAGCUAUGCAAAGAUAUACAUGUGGAAACUGUGGAACAUGCAGGUCAUAGAGGUCUCCACAUGUCAUCUUCAGGUGCCCAACCUACUGAUUUUGUCGGUGUGGUUCAAUCCCCAAAACGGAUAUCACCUGCUUUAGUGAAAGAACAGACCUCCCUUGGAAGCAAUGAAGGUUCACUGGCUCAUAUGCUGCCUCCAAGAGACGAGCAUGGGAGCGAAACCCCUGAGUUGAGCAACCAUAAAGCUGAUAGGCCUCUGAACCAAAUAUAUCCUUCAGAAUGUUCUGGAAUGAGUUUAAAUCCUGCCUCAGGGGAUCCUGAUGGCAAAUUAUCAUUGCAUACUAAUACUAGUUUAGUCCCGUGUGGUGAGAGCAAUUGUUCUGAGACUACCAAGUUGUUGAAGCUUCCCCUACAUUUAGAUGACCAAAUUUAUCCAAUGUGUGAUGUUGGCAGUGAAAUUAAAUCAGGAGAGAGGGAUUCUGAUGAUGUUCUUACUUCGACAUCAGCCAAGGUUAUGGUGGCUUCUGCCCAGGGUCCAUCAAACUUGUCUCAUUCUACUUCUAAAUCUGAUGAUCGUUCAGGUGAUAAGGAUGUCUCAGGAAUCCGGUCAUCUUCAUCCCCUGCUGAUGGGUUAGACUCCACUGCACGUGUGUCUCUACCCAACUCAUCAAUCUACAGCAUUUCUGUGUCAGGUAACAAUAACAUUCUUGGAAAUAAUGGCUAUUGUAGUCCUGAACAGCAUUCUGCAACAUCCAAACAUUUGGCCAAAUGGAGAAAUAGAGCAGAGUCCACUGCUGCUCUGGCAUCGUUUGAGGCAGUUCUUGCAACAUUAACAAGGACAAAGGAAAGCAUUGGUCGUGCCACACGCAUAGCAAUUGAUUGUGCAAAGAUUGGUGUUGCUUCUAAGGUGGUGGAAGUUCUUGCUCGUAAUUUGGAAAGUGAAUCGAGCUUACACAGAAGGAUUGACCUGUUUUUCCUCGUGGAUUCUAUUACCCAGUGUUCCCGAGGGUUGAAAGGUGAUAUAGGUGGCAUAUAUCCUUCAGCUGUACAAGCAGUGCUGUCACGCUUGUUGUCAGCUGCUGCUCCACCUGGAAGUAGUGCACUGGAAAAUCGUCGACAAUGUUUGAAGGUAUUGAGGCUUUGGUUGGAAAGGAAGAUCCUCCCAGAAUCAGUUAUUCGCCACCAUAUUCGAGACCUUGAGUCUGUCAGCAGUUUGUCUUCUUCUGGUGCCUUUUCCCGGCGCCCCUUGCGAACUGAAAGGGCUUUUGAUGAUCCUAUUAGGGAAAUGGAGGGCAUGCUUGUUGAUGAAUAUGGAAGCAAUUCAAGUUUUCAGCUUCCGGGUUUUCGCAUGCCCCCAAUGCUUAAGGAUGAAGAUGAAGGAAGUGAUUCUGAUGGUGGUAGUUUUGAGGCUGUUACUCCUGAACAUAACCCUGAAAUCCCUGAAGAACGGGAAAGAAUUUCAGUGCCUCCGGCAAUUGGGAAGCAUAAACAUAUCUUGGAAGAUGUUGAAGGUGAGCUUGAAAUGGAGGAUGUUGCUCCUGCUUGUGGACCUGACAUGAGCUCUACCAGUAACGCUGCUACCAUUGGUGCACAAAUGAUGCAUUCACAGUUUCAACAUUUUCCAGUUUCCUUUGCCCCUCCCCUGCCCAGAGAUGUGCCUCCAUCGUCUCCUCCUCUGCCAACGUCUCCACCACCGCUGUCAUCAGCUCUUCUUCCUCCUCCUGAUGGUCAUGAUUCAGAACUCUACAUGGCUAAACAUACUAUCAAAGAAAACAUGCAAAACCCUGUGGUUCCGCAGCCAAUAGCAAACUCAUUGGCGCCAGAUUCUGUGUGUUACCAUGUUCCUCAAUCUAGAGAUGUUCAAAUGCAAACUCCAAUGCCAGAUUCUGCCAACUCUUGCUCUUUCAGCAGCGCUGCUGUGUCCCAUCUGCCAAUUCAGCAUGUGAAUCAACAGGCAGAUGGUGCCACCUUCCACAAUACAGCUUAUAAUCUGCGGCCACCUCAACCCACACCAUCAAAUCAGUUCUCUUAUGUUCAGGCCGAAAGAGUGCAGUCUCUGAGGGAUGUCCCGCCCCCAUCCUACCCUAGCAGAGGUCGCUUCACUCAGAACACCGAUACUGGAAAUUUUUACAGUGAUCAUGACAGAAUGAAGAUGGCCCCACAUGAUCUUAGGGAAAGCUGGAGGUUUUCAGGGCCAUCACUUUCUGGUACAUACCACUCUGAUCCUGCUGCUAGAGGGUCAUAUCCACCUCCAUACGGUGGCCCAAGGUGUGAACCCCCAUUGCCAAAUCAUAGGUGGGGUUUACCUCCCCGGGCAGUGGACCAUAGAGGAGAACCGAUACCCCAUGGAACACCAUCCCAAGGUCCGAUCCCAGUGGCAAACAGAGCUGUUUUCAGAAUUUUGAGGGCACAAAUUCAGAAAGAACGGGUGAUGCACCAUUCUUGGUGCGUGCUUGCUUUGCUUCCAACAAGUUCUCUGCACUUUGGUGGUCGGGCGGUCAGCUCUUUUCCCCAAUUGUCAAUCAAGAUAUUAUUCAUCCACAACUCAGUUGAGCGGAUGGGCGCUUCUGAAUCAGUCCCCCAACAAUCAAUUCAUGAAUUCACAGUCAAGGAUAGCAGGGGCACAGAUGUGGAUCUUAGCAUAUACAAAGGGAAGGUUCUGCUUGUUGUCAAUGUUGCUUCUAAGUGUGGGUUUACGGAUUCCAACUACAAGCAGUUGACUGAACUUCAUAAUAAGUACAAGGAUAAAGGAUUUGAGGUCUUGGCCUUUCCCUGCAAUCAGUUCUUGCAUCAAGAACCUGGUACAAGCCUCCAGGCGGAAGAAUUCGCAUGCACAAGAUACAAGGCAGAAUAUCCCAUUUUCCAAAAGGUACGUGUUAAUGGCCCAGACACAGCACCUGUCUACAAAUUCCUCAAAGCAAAUAAAGGAGGGUUUCUUGGAUCCAGGAUCAAAUGGAACUUUACCAAGUUUUUAGUUGAAAAGGAAGGCCAUGUCAUCCGUCGUUAUGCCCCUACAACGUCUCCACUAGCCAUUGAGAAAGACAUUCAAAAAGCAUUGGGAGAGGUGUAAGGGGCUGCUAUGUUGUUUUCUUGUGAGAUGAUCCGAUCCAGAUAAAUCUGUAGAUAGCUAGGAUUUGUCUAUUUGCUUAAAUGUGUGAAGGUUUUCUGCUCUCCCCCCCCAAA